AUGUCGACUGAUGUGCGAGGAGUGGUGCUAUCUGGAACCGAACUUGCGACGGAAAUACGUAAAAAUCUAGCAAAAGAUGUACAAUCGAUGAAACUAAAACUGCCGAGUUUUACACCUGGCUUAGCUAUCGUACAAGUUGGCGGCCGGGAAGAUUCAAACGUUUAUAUCAGAAUGAAAAUAAAAGCGGCGGGCGAUAUCGGAAUCACUGCAGAUCACGUUAAACUUCCAAAUACUACAACGGAACUAGAAUUAAUAAACAAAGUAAAUAAAUUAAACAAUGAUCCAAAUAUUCAUGGAAUAAUUGUGCAAAUGCCUCUUGAUACUGUGAACAAAAUUGACAGCCAUAUGAUUACCGAUUUAGUCUCCCCUGAAAAAGACGUGGACGGAUUAAACACGAUUAAUGAAGGAAAAGUUGCAAUUGGUGAUAUGACGGGAUUUUUACCGUGUACUCCAAAUGGAUGCAUUGAACUUAUCAAAAAGAGUGGUGUCCCAAUCGCUGGCGCUAAGGCUGUAGUUUUAGGUAGAAGUAAAAUCGUCGGUACACCUGUAGCAGAAUUAUUAAAAUGGAACAACGCCACUGUAACAGUGUGUCACUCGAAAACGAAGAAUCUACCGGAAGUUGUUUCGCAGGCUGAUAUCGUAGUUGUUGCAAUUGGCCAGCCACAAAUGGUCAAGGGAACCUGGAUUAAACCUGGUGCAGUCGUAAUCGAUUGCGGAAUAAAUUCCAUUCCAGAUGCGACUAAGAAAUCUGGACAACGUUUAGUAGGAGAUGUUGAUUACGAAGAAGCCGCGAAAGUAGCAUCGUAUAUCACCCCAGUACCCGGCGGGGUAGGCCCGAUGACCGUGGCUAUGUUGAUGAAAAAUACGGUAGUAUCUGCUCAAAGAGCAGUGGAGAGAAUUUUAAGCACCAAUUGGAAACUUAAUAUCUUAAAGAUCAACCCACAAACUCCGGUUCCCAGCGAUAUAGCAAUUUCAAGGAGCCAAGAACCAAAACCAAUCACAAUUCUAGCGGAAGAGAUUGGACUACUCCAGAACGAGAUCAGUCCUUAUGGAAGUAAAAAGGCAAAGAUUAGUUUGAACGUCCUGAAGAGAUUGAAGGAUCAGCAGAGUGGAAAACUUGUAGUUGUUGCUGGUAUUACACCAACACCUUUUGGAGAAGGCAAAAGUACUACAUCACUAGGUUUGGUACAAGCUUUGACUGCGCAUAAGGGAAAGAACUCAUUUGUUACCUUAAGACAACCAAGUCAAGGUCCUACAUUUGGUGUAAAAGGAGGAGCUGCAGGCGGAGGAUACUCACAGGUUAUCCCCAUGGAAGAAUUCAACUUGCAUUUAACCGGAGAUAUACAUGCCGUUACAGCAGCCAAUAAUCUGUUAGCGGCACAAAUCGACGCCCGAUAUUUCCAUGAAUCAACUCAAACUGACAAAGCUCUUUACGACCGACUUGUACCAUCAAUUAAAGGUGUAAGGAAAUUUUCGAAAAUACAAUUACGACGCCUACAAAAACUUGGCAUUACGAAAACCGAUCCUAAUAGUUUAACAGAAGAGGAAGCUAAAAGAUUCGCAAGAUUAGACAUCGAUCCACAGAAUAUUCCUUUCAAUCGAGUAAUCGAUACAAACGAUCGAUUUUUACGUAAAAUUACUAUUGGUCAAAGUUCAACUGAAAAAGGAAAAACGCGGGAAACAUCUUUCUCUAUUUCCGUUGGUUCUGAAGUAAUGGCAAUACUCGCUCUAUCCACCAGUGUCGAAGACAUGAAAGAGAGACUUGGUAACAUGGUAGUAGCUUUCAGCAAAAAUGGAGAACCCUUAACAGCCGAAGAUUUUGGUAUGACUGGAGCAAUGUCCAUUUUACUGAAAGAUGCCAUUGAACCAACAUUGAUGCAAUCUUUAGAGGGAACUCCAGUUAUGGUUCAUGCUGGACCGUUUGCAAACAUCGCGCACGGAUGUUCCUCGAUUAUUGCAGAUGCAAUUGCAUUAAAAUUAGUUGGACCGGAAGGUAUCGUGGUAACCGAAGCCGGGUUUGGUUCUGACAUAGGUAUGGAAAAGUUCUUCAAUAUUAAAUGUCGAACAUCUGGACACACACCAAACGCUGUUGUACUCGUUGCAACUGUCAGAGCACUGAAAAUGCAUGGUGGCGGCCCUCCUGUAACUACGGGUGCUACCUUGAAAAAAGAAUAUCUUGAAGAAAACCUUGAAUUGGUCAAAAAAGGUCUUCCAAAUCUUCAAAAGCACAUUAGUAACGGAAUUAAAUUUGGUGUGCCAGUUAUUGUUGCUAUUAAUGUUCACGCUACUGACACAAAAGCAGAAUUGGAAUUGAUAAAAGAAGAAGCAAUUAGAAGCGGUGCAGCUGAUGCAGUAAUAUGUAAUCAUUGGUCACAAGGUGGUACUGGUGCUACAGAUCUUGCAGAUGCAGUUAUAGCCGCCACAAAUAAAUCCAGCGAUUUCAAAGUAUUAUACGACUUGAAUAUCAGUAUCGAAGAGAAGAUUAAUGUCAUUGCAAAAAAAAUGUAUGGUGCGGGACAAAUUGUUCUUGCAGAUAAGGUACAAACGAAAAUUGAGGCAUAUAAUAAAUUAGGAUACGAUAAAUUGCCUCUGUGCAUGGCAAAAACAUCAAACUCUUUAACAGGUGAUCCAUCAGUUAAAGGCGCUCCUACAGGUUUCUCGCUCAAUAUUACAGAUAUUUUUGUAUCUGUUGGUGCUGGUUUUGUAGUGCCAAUGGUAGGAGAUAUAAUGAUGAUGCCAGGUCUAUCUACCAGACCAAGCAUUUAUGAUAUGGACUGGAACAAUGAAACAGACGAAAUAGAAGGCUUAUUUUAAAUAUUUUUGUUUAUAUUGGAGACAUUCAUAUUCCUAAUGUGUUACAAUAUUUUAUUUUUUCAUAUUUUACAAUUAAUUCUGUACAUUCAAAUUCAUUACAAGACACAUACCUCUAAAGAUUAAAAAUAUUAUUUUGUAUUAGAACAAAGAAUAAUAAAGCCACAUAUUUAUAUUUUUCAUUU